GUUAUUGUUGCAAUUCUUGAAAAAAGCUUUUAAAAUGAUUUUGAGCAGGUCUAAACCAGCUUUAGGCUCUAACAGUGAUUCUGCGAAGGGUAAAAGAGGAGGAAAUUUGCCAAACAAAAAUACAUCUCAAUUUGAGGAAUAUUUAAGUAAAAGAGAUUAUGCAGGUGCUAUAACACUUCUGGAAUUUAAAGAAGCACCUGAUCAAAAUGGGUUGUUUUAUCUCUGGAUGGCUUAUUGUGCCUUCCACAAGGGGGAUUAUAAGAAAUCUUUGUCUAUUUAUCAGAAUUUAUACAAGAAUAAUCCCGAUUUGGCAAAUUUGGCGGUUAAUAUAGCCUGUUGUUACUUUUAUUUAGACUCGCCGACAAGUGGGCUGAAAGUGAGGCUGAAUUUCCACCUUUCGCAUAAAUUACGCGACGAAAGCGCCUUAAUGGAGAGCCAUCAGCAAUUACAGGACGUCGCUGAAGAUCAACUUAGCCUGGCAGCCAUCCAUUAUCUGAGAGCGCACUAUCAAGAAGCCAUAGACAUCUACAAGCGCUUGCUGCUGCAGAAUCGGGAUAAUUUGGCUUUGAAUGUGUAUGUAGCUUUGUGUUACUACAAAUUGGACUACUACGAUGUAUCUCAGGAGGUUUUGGGGUUGUAUUUGAGUCAAUAUUCUGAUUCCGUUAUUGCGACCAAUUUGAAGGUAAUAUACAGGGUGUUAGUGACGAUAUUAAGCGUUUUAUUUCAGGCGUGUAACUCCUUUAGAUUAUAUAAUGGUCCGACGGCUGAAAAUGAGAUUAGAAGUAUUGUGGAUCAAUGUGCUAACGAAGGGUUUGGUUAUGACUUAAUAAAACACAAUUUGGUCGUGUUUAGAGAUGGCGAGGGCGCAAUGCAGGUUUUCCCAGGAUUAGUGGACGUAGUACCUGAAGCUAGAUUGAACUUGGUAAUCCACUAUUUACGUAAUAAUGACACCAAAGAGGCAUAUGACUUGUUGAAGGAUUUACAACCGUCUGUACCUCAAGAAUAUAUUCUUAAAGGUGUGGUAAAUGCGGCGUUAGGACAAGAUAUCAAUUCACAUGUCCAUAUCAAAACUGCCGAGGAGUGCUUCAAUUUGGUUGGUAGCUCUUCAAGCGAGUGCGAUACAAUUCACGGCAGGCAGAGUAUGGCGGCAACUUUUUUUCUCUCGGGACAAUUUGAAGAAGUUUUGGUUUACUUAACGUCUAUCAAGAGCUACCUCCACGCAGAUGACACUUUUAAUUUCAACUUUGCGCAGGCCAAAACGGCCUGCCAUCAGUACAAAGAGGCGGAAGAAAUAUUUCUCUUGAUCAAAAACCAUAAAAUGAAGCAGGAUUACGUUUACAUCUCUAAUUUGGCCCGCUGUUACGUCAUGAACCGCAAAGCCCAGCUGGCCUGGGAACUGUACAUUAAGAUGGAGAGCAGCCCUGACAGUUUCAAUCUCCUGCUUCUAAUAGCUAACGAUUGCUACAAAAUUGGUGAGUUCUGGUAUGCGGCUAAAGCCUUCGACAUGCUGGACAGGUUGGAGCCCAACCCGGAGUUCUGGGAGGGGAAAAGGGGGGCCGUAGUGGGGGUCUUUCAGAUGGUGAUCGCCAACAAGUUCUCCGUUGAGGGGUUAGGGGACAUCCUGCAGCUAUUAAGGGGCAGUUCCACCGCGCAAGCCGAGAACAUUGCCAGGGUUAUCAGGAGUGAAUCAUGUGAAUUUUCCAGAAUGGUUGUUAUCUAA